AAGAGGACUGAAGAUGCGUCUUGAGCAUUUGAUUUGAUCGUUUGUCUAUUUCCAAAAAGUGAUACUUUUAAAUGUUAUCUGUCAUGCCUUUCCAUUUUCUCUCCACCUUCUUUGGUUGGAAACAACUCCUGCGUUCUGUGAGGUCGCUCCUCCCUCCUGCCCAGAUCAGAUAUAAAACCAUCUGCUCUCCCCUCUCCGCUCCCCAGUUCACUUGAACCAGCUUCCUAGUUAUUGAAACAAUGGUCUGCAAUCUCCUCCGGCCAUCUUUUGACUUUUUAAUAAGCUUGAUGAGUUUCAUUCCGCCUGCUUUGUGUUUGUAAUAUUCAAACGUCUCUCCACCUGCGUCGGCUGCGUAAUGGUGCGGGGCCCCUCUGGCCGGCGUUCGUCAGAGUGACCGGCAUGGCUUGGUCCAGCGCGAACACCAGCAACGCCAGUUCGGAGGCCGUCCCGGCCGGGGACGAGCCCCGCGACGAGCGGCUGGCUCGCCUGGAGAUAGCCCUGCUGUCCAUCAUCUUCGUCGCCGCGGGGCUCCUGAACUUCGGGCUCCUGCUGGCGCUGUGGAAGCGGCGGAAGCAGCUCUCCAGGAUGCGCGUCUUCGUCUUGCACCUGUGCGUCGCCGACCUGGUGGUCGCGUUCUUCCAAGUGUGCCCGCAGCUCAUGUGGGACAUCACGGACAGAUUCGUCGGCCCGGACAUCCUGUGUCGCCUGGUGAAGUACCUGCAAGUGGUCGGGAUGUUCGCCUCCACUUACAUGAUCGUGGUGAUGACCAUCGACCGCUACCAAGCCAUCUGCAACCCCAUGGUGACUUUCCAGCGGAGGAGGGCGCGCUGGAACGGCCCCGUGUGCGCCGCCUGGUGCGUCUCCUUCGUCGGCAGCCUCCCGCAGGUCUUCAUCUUCUCCCGGGUCGAGGUCGCUCCGGGGGUCUACGACUGCUGGGGUCAGUUCGUCGCGCCGUGGGGGCUGAGGGCCUACGUGACCUGGACCACUCUGGUGAUAUUCGUCCUGCCGAUUCUCAUCGUGAUCGUGUGCCAGGUGCGCAUCUGCCGCGCCGUGCACGCCAACAUCCACCUGAAGGCGCGCCACCACGCCGGGGCUGCGGGGGAGGCGGCGAGCAGGCCACUGUCCUCCCGGGCGAGCUGCGUGGUGGGGCUGUCGAAGGCGCGGGUCAAGACGGUGAAGAUGACCGUGGUGAUCGUGCUGGCCUACGUCGUCUGCUGGACGCCGUUCUUCACCGUGCAGCUCUGGUCGGUCUGGGACGCGGAGGCUCCCACCCAGUCGGCCACCUUCACCAUCCUGAUGCUGCUGGCCAGCCUGAACAGCUGCGUGAACCCCUGCAUCUACCUGGUGUUCAGCGGGAAGCUGCCCGAGAGGCUGGUCGCCCUCAUGUGUGUGGACGAGGCCGACCUGAAGGAGUCCAUGCAGGAGGAGGCCACCAUGGUCAGCUCCCUGUACAUCAGCCUCAAAGGCCUUUCAGACUGCAGGUAGAAGGCAGAGUGACAAUCCCCUGUUUUUGUUUUUUGUUCACUUUAUGGUUGGCUUUUGCACGUCGAGGAGCGGGAACCAGGGGAAAUCUCCUGAUAAUCGUGAGGAUAUUUCAGCAGACGUCUCUCUUCCUCUACAAAUGAUCGAUGUUCAGCGUGAGUCGGGGAAGAGAACGGCUAAUGUUUGGAGCAGCACAGCCUUAGACUGAAACGCUCAAACUGAGUGAGUCGGCGUCAGACAGGAAAACAGAAAAAGUUUCAAACUCAACUUCGUAGACGUGACAACUGAAAUGCGUUGCACAAAUAAGAAUGAGAUUGAUGCAUUUAUGCAUUGGCUGCCACAAGAAAAAGGAAAAAGAAAAUCUGUUAUUGACAGUUAAAUUCCUUUGCCACUCGAGUUUAUGUUUGCACAGUUCUUGACGCGUAUUUUAAAAGAUAAAAAUAAGCGUAAUGCAUUUAUUGGUAGAAAAUGUUGUGUUGAGUUUUCACUUUUUGUGUGUUUCAGUUGUGCUUUGUGUUUCAUUGGAAAUGUAAACACGUCGAAGACGUCCGACUCGUGUUUUCACGAAUCUGUGAAUCAAGCUAAUCUGUGGAAAAGAUUUCUUUGUAGUAAAAAUUGUUGAGAAAUCU